AAAAUUUAAAUUUUGACGGUUUAUAAUUCGAAAUCACUAUUUGCAAACGAAAAACGGAUCGUCGUUUAUUAAAUUGACUGAAGCUGUGAUCAUGUAUUGAUAUUGUGUAUUUAAUAUUAUUAAUUUGUGUUUAGACUGUGAUUUAAUGUACUGUUUGUGACUAAGAUUGUAACGAAUUCAAGUGUAUGACUGUUGCUGUUUGGUGAUACUUAUGUGAAGUUUGACCAACGUUUGUAACUUAGCUUCAGGAUUCAAAAUGGUUAAAACUACAGCCAUGGUGCCUUCUAGGAGUGGUUCAACACAGAAUAUGGCUGCGAAUAUAAAAGUACUGGUGCGGGUGCGACCCUUUAACGCUAAGGAAUUGGGCCAAAACAAUCGCACGGUGAUCGAAGUUCUUGACGAAAAUCAACUGGUAUUUGAUCCGAAAGAGGAUUUGCCUCCCUUUUACUACCAGGGCGUACAGCAACCAAGCAAAAAUUACCUUAAACGUGCCAACAAGGAACUGAGGUUCGCCUUUGACUGCGUGUGCGGGCCUAACAGAACGAAUCAGGAUGUCUUUGAAUGUGCUACUAAAGAUAUGCUAGCGUCACUAAUGGAAGGGUACAACUGCUCCGUGUUCGUGUAUGGGGCUACGGGGGCAGGGAAGACUUUCACUAUGAUUGGCAGUAAAGAACAUCCUGGCAUAACAUAUUUGACAAUGGACCACUUAUUUCAGACUAUAAGUGGGCAUCAAAUGGACAGAGAGUUUGACAUUGGAGUCUCAUAUAUUGAGGUUUAUAACGAGAAUGUGUACGACUUGCUGCAACCAUCCAGCACUCCGCUCCAGCUGCGGGACUACCCUCAGUACGGGGUGACGGUGGCCGGACUCAGCAUACGCAACAUCAAGGUGGCGCAGGAGCUGCUGGAUAUGCUGGAGUUUGGCAACCAGAACAGAACUCAGCAUCCCACUGAUGCUAAUGCUGAGAGCUCCAGAAGCCAUGCUGUGUUUCAGGUGUAUGUGACAAUGCGCUGCAAGACCAGCAACCAGUGCCGCAUGGUGAAGCUCUCCAUGAUCGACCUGGCCGGCAGUGAGCGCGCCUCCGCCACCGGCUGCAUCGGCGAGCGGUUCAAGGAGGGCGCCAAUAUUAACAGGAGCCUGUUAGCGUUAGGCAACUGUAUCAAUAAGCUUGCAGAUGGAAGUAGCUAUAUACCGUACAGGGAUUCAAAAUUGACGCGCCUGCUCAAAGACAGUCUCGGUGGUAAUUGCAAGACUGUUAUGAUUGCGAACGUGUCACCAUCAUCAAUAAGCUAUGAGGACACUUACAACACUUUGAAGUACGCCGCCCGAGCGAACAAGAUCCAGCUGAGUCUGAAGAAGAAUAUCAUCAACGCUGACAUGAACGCCGCACAGAGUAUGAAGGUUAACAAGGAGUUGCAGAGGAGACUGGAGGAAGAGGAGAAGAAGAAUAAGGAGCUGAGGGCCAAGUUGGCUCUGUCGUCGAAUGUUGGAGGAGGAAAUGCAUCAGAGAAACAAGUAUCGUGGAGUCGACGCAUCACGGCAGAGGAGCUGGUCCACGGCGCGCUAGAGAGCAAGCUGCUUGCUCUGAUGAGUCAGCAGCGCGUGCUCGCGCUGAGGCACUACCUGCGCACGCGCGCGUUUGAGCACGUCGCUGACCUCGCACAUCGAUCCUCAUGCGAUGCCCUGGAGCAGAUAUAUACAGAAGAUAUACCGCGCCAAGACCGAGCGGUCGAAAACUAUGCUAAACAAUACACCAAUAGGAAUUCAAAAAUACUGGAGGUCUGGAGCAACUGGAAUGCUAGUGGGCAAAAACUGCAAAAGUUACUAGAUGAAUGUUUAGCUGACUGUCCGUGUAUGGUGGACACUGUACAGAAAGUGAAGUUGCAAAGCAAAUACAGAAUAAGCGAAGCCAGCAACGAUUUGCACUGCAAAAUCAUUUCCAUUAUGAAAGACGAGAUCACAGUGUCCGCUGAAUGUAUGACCGAUACGUUUGAUAUGCUAAAAGAGGUCUACUUGACCCUCAAAGGCUACGGCCACGCACCACCUGCGUUGACAUUACAAUAUUUGGGUAUAAUAAAUAAGGCCAAAUCAGCCAAAAACAUUAGCUGGUCCGAUACGACGGUAAAUACUGAUCCAGACAUCAAAUUCAUUUCGACCCUAGAUUUGGAAAGCCCCAUUUCACCACUGAAUUUCACUGCAAAUCUUCCCGACACUAAUAAUGCAGAUGUCCAGGACAAGGACAAUGCAAACACUACCAUUGACAUAGUAUCUGACACUGACAAUUUGGCAGAUACCGAAAAUCAGAAACCUUGCAACAACAAACGCAAGGGGACCCCUAUAAAAUUGAAUAAUAAUGAAACUAUAAUAAUAAACGACUCGUUUGAAUCUGAAAAUUUGAAUUCUGCGAAGAAAAUAAAGACGGAAGCUUGUAUGGGUAUUGAAAAUAUCAAUAAUUUUGGUAAAAUUGACCCCAAUGAUUUGAAUUCCACUUUUGUACUUGCGGAAAAGGUGAAUAAUUUGAAAAAGGCGUCCAGUAAGGUUGAAUUUAAAGAUGUGCAGCCAGUGAAGAGAGGAUUGACUGAUCGCACUAAUACACUAUCCACUAUGAAUACGCAAAGGACUAUCAACUGUAGUAAUGACAAUAAAGCUCGUAUAGUGAAGCCGGUGAUGCCCGUCCGGCGAAUAGCCACCGCCAUGCCGCCGCCACGCAGCGCGGCGUUCGGCUCCAGCGUAGCUCGUGACGGCUCCAGCUACCGUACUGUACAAGGUGGGUCGAAGAACGCUACUGUCACUGAUAAAUCAGUUGGUCUUAAAGCAGUUCGCGCCAGAGAGAGGAUCGAGCCACAUCCCUACUCUCGCAACCCUCCUCGCUACGCUGUCAGGAAGUGAAUUCAAGUGAACGCAAGUGAAUGCGAGUGAAUACAAGCGAAAGUGGCUAAUAGUCUAAGAUCCGGCAUUAGAAAUAUAUACCCUCAUCUGUUAUUCAUUAGUGCUAUGUAAUUAAUGAUAGAUAAUAAUGUUCACAUUUACACAUUGCAAAUAAUUCUAUCUAACUAGAUCAAAGUCAACAUAAUACAGUUAAAUUAAGCAUAAAAUAAAUAGGCUUUCAUAUGACACAUUACACGACUAAAUAACUGAUGAGGAUAAACAUUACUAACCGUUUAUAUCUAGCAACCCCACAGUUCCAGUGUGAAAGCAGGCAACUUUCACUUUUUCAAUUCUAUAAUUAGUGUAUGGUUUUUUUUAAAUUAACCAAUAUGGGAAGGAUUGAAAUAAAUUAAAAAAAAAUCAUUUAAUAUUUUGGACAACAAUUUAACUUGUCACCUUAUAUGCAAGGUGUCAAUGUGAAUAUUUUUAUUAUUUAUUUUCUGAUCCCAAGAUGAGGGUAUAUAUUUCUCAUGUCGGCUCUCGUACUACGAUAAUAAGUGACUGAGAGACAAUAACAUUUGUGACGAAACUCCAUUCGAAGCAGAACGACACGACUUGUUUUAAACAUUGUAUCUGUCUUAUGUAGACGCCCUUAUAAUAUAAUUUGUAUGAAGUUUCAUCCCCUUAAAUUCUGUAAUAGUAGGAGAGCCCGAGAUGAUAAAUUUGCAGUUACUAAAGCGUCAUGGGAACCGAUUGCAUUUGGUAGAUCAAAUCAUAGGAUAAAAGGUUAUUUACUUUUUACGCUUUUAGCGGUGGAAAGGAGUUUUUCAACUACAGAUCUUAAAGACAUUUUAUUCCUUCAGCUUACUGAAAUCAUCAGAAAACAUGAGCAAUUAUUCAGGAGAUUAGUUUAUUCAAGAUAAAUAAAAAAUUAACUGCGCUCGUGGUGUAACUUUAGAACCCUCCGAUUCCUUUACGUUACGCUGAAAUCGUAAGAUUUUCGAAAUGCAAAUCAAAUCAAAUCAAAUCAAAUCAAAAA